AUGUCUGCCCCUCAGUCAAACCUCUGGAAGCCCCUCAAGUUGGGAAACGCCACCCUCUCCCAUCGAAUUGCUCUGGCCCCUCUCACACGUCUUCGCAACGAUGAAGAGCACCAUCCCAUGGAAAUCAUGACCCAGUACUACGCCGACCGAGCAUCGACACCUGGUACCCUCCUUGUCAGUGAAGCCACCGGCAUCUCCAAGUCCGCCGAGGCCGCUCCCCACACUCCUGGAAUCUCUUCGCCCGAGCAAGUCGCAGCCUGGGGUCGCAUCUACGACGCUGUCCACGCCAAGGGAUGCUUCAUCUUUCAGCAGCUCUGGGAUUUGGGCCGUGCGGCCUCCCCCGAGCUCCUCCAAAGCCAGGGGCUGAAGUACUAUUCCAGCACCAACAAACAGUUGGAGGGUCGCUCGAUUCCCCCUACUCCCCUGACUGAGGAAGAAAUCUGGGAAAAAGUGCAAGACUUUCGAUCUGCUGCCCGCAAGGUUAUUGAUGCUGGCGGCGAUGGCGUUGAGAUCCAUGGCGCUCACGGGUUUCUCAUCGACCAGUUCCUGUCCAGCAGCAUCAAUGAUCGAACUGAUAAAUGGGGUGGCUCCAUUGAGAACCGAGCUCGCUUCCUACUUGAGGUUGUCAAGGCUGUUGUUGAGGAGAUUGGUGCCGAAAGAACUGCCAUUCGCCUCAGCCCCUUUGCAACCUUUCAAGGCGCCUACACGAUUAACACGUGGGAGCAAUCAAGCUACAUCAUCGGGGAGCUCAAGAAGGCCGGCUACAAGCUCGCAUACCUAUCCUUUGUUGAGCCACGGGCCAAUCCUACUGUUACCGACCGUGAUAUCGGUCUGGCCUCAGAUGUCGUGAAUCCUUUUGGGGAGAAGAAGCAGAGCCUCGACUUUAUUCUCGAGGCGUGGGACAACCAAUCUCCUGUCAUGGUGGCUGGUGGUUAUCUGCCUCACAACGUAUACCAAGCGGUGGACGGGCACUAUAAGAAGUGGGACGUUGUGGUUGCCUUUGGUCGAUGGUUCGUUUCGAACCCGGAUUUGGUGUUUCGGGUCAAGAAUGGAGUGCCGUUCACGCCUUACAAGAGGGAGCUGUUUUAUGCUUUCAAGAGUAACGAGGGGUAUAACGACUACGCCUUUAGCGAUGAGUUUAUUCACUCGGCCAAGGUAGAGGUCGCGAAGGCGUAG